CCUCCACCAGGCAGCCACCGAGCCUUUCGUCCGCCACUCCUGCCCGCUCGGUCCAGUCGCUUUGCCAGACCCGCUCCGGUCGCCAUUGAAUCGCACUUGUAUCAUAUUUCACCAGUUUCUGUCGCUUAUAUUUAACCACCUGUUGCCGCGUGCACACCUGCCAUGAACAUAUUCAGUGGAUUCUCAGCCUCAAGCUCAUCCCCCAAAAAGAAAGCAAUGGCGUCGAUCCACCUCUCCGAUGCCGCCGACCUCGAUGCAGAAAUUCGCAAGUUCUCCAAGAUCUUCGAGCAGAAGGAGUCGGAGCAGAACUGGGAGAAGAUGGACGAGGCCAUCCUUCGCCUGGCCUCGAUAGCCCGUGGCUCUGCCGACAUUCCCGGAUUUGCCCUGACGAUCAAGAAGCUCAGGAUUCCCAUCUGCUCGGCUCUCGCCAGCGACCGCACCAAGCUCUGCAGAGACGCCCUUGCCCUGAUCGAGGCCUUGGGAUAUUCGCUCGGCCCCCAGUUCGAGCCCCUCUCCGACGCCCUGCUGCCCGGCGUCCUCAAGGUCUGUCUGCGGUCCAACCGUGUUAUGUGGGGCGCUGCCCGCACGACUCUCUUGCAGGUGAUCGAAAAGGGCGGUCUCGCCACCUGCAUCCCCCUGCUGCUCGAGUCCUACGCCAGCAAGAACCAGAAUCUGCGCGGCUCCGUCACCGAAGCCCUCAUCAAGGUUCUUGAGUUCAACAGCAUCGAUCGUCUGGAGAACUUUGUCGAGAUCAUUGAGAACUUUAUGAAAGAGUCCAUCGUCGAUUCGAACAAGGAAGUCCGCGACAACACCCGCAAGGCUUUUGAAUUCUACGUCACACUAUUCCCCUAUCGCGUGGAUAGGUUCACCGGCAAUCUCAGCGACAUUGCCAAAAAGUACCUCGGGGUCACCUCCAUGGCCAGCAUUCCCCGUCGUGGCCCAUCCAACAACAGCGUGGCCCAGACUCCCUCGAACCGCUCGACAUCCUCCAGCUAUCCCAACAUCACCCCGCGUGUCUCGUCGACACUCUACACCCCCUCGGCCUCAUCGCGAGCCCAAGCCGCUGGAUACGAAUACGGCCCUACACACGCAAGCUCUCUGCCGCUGGCAUCCAAAGCCCGACUUGAUGGCGGCGCCCAGCGCGGUACCUUCGACUCGUCCAAGGUCGAGGCAGGCGGUUUCAUGACCCAGGCUCCUCAGCGAGUCGACAGCAACGACGCCUUCUUCCGCGACAGCCUCUCCCAGCAAAUGCAGCAGCAAAUGCAGCAGCAGAUGCAGAAGGAGCUGGAAAUGAGAAUCGCGCAGGAGCAGGGCCUGACUUUCUCGCAGCCAUCCGGCCUGACCUAUUCGCAGCCGGUGCGUCUUCCCGCGCCAUCGUCCUCGGCCCCGCUUCCCGCCAGCCAGGAACCCCUGCGAAGUUCGCCCACGCAGAAGCAGACCCGCAAUCGCCCUGCCAGCAUAUACAAGCUCCAGAAGACCGCCCGCAUCUUUGAAGCCACCGUCCUGCUGGCCCAGCACACCCAGGGCCAGACCGAGGGCCCACUCAACUUGCGCCACCUCACUCUGUCACCCACACCCAGCUCCAUUGCCGAGGAAGACGAGCGUGUCUCGAUGGACUUUGCCGGCACCCUUACCAAGCUCAAGUCGAACGACUGGGCGAUCCGCUCCAAGGCUUGGGAACAGGUUAUCACGCCGUACAUUGCCGCGGCGCCGACCCACGAGCUGCGCUCCAAGCUGCCCAAGCUCUUGGAGUUCCUCAUGAUGGGACUGCACGACGCCCAUUUCAAGGGCUUGGUCGGUGCGCUCUCGGCUUUGACCGAGCUGGCAUGUAAAGUCGAGAGCAACGAGCUACUGGAGCAGAUGGUACCGCGGCUCGUGGCUCUCGUCUACAUCCCGCGCGAGAAGACCAAGGUGCAGAUCUUUGACGCCGCCAUGAGCAUCCUCAAGUGCUUCCGCGAGCGAUACCGCGGCAUCGCCAUCUGCUCUGCGCUUUCCCAGGCCAUGAACAGCCCCGAGUUUGGCCAGAAUACCAAGGUCCGCACAGGCUGUGUCGGUCUACUGGCAGAUCUCACCGAGAGUGAGUGGAUUCCCUACGUGGCCAAAGCUAGCACUCAAGGGCGACGACCGCAAAACCUACAACACCUUCUUUGGUACCAAGGAUAUUUCGAACGACCUCGGUGUGCUCAGUUCCGGACUGACCAGGCCUCCCGCAUCUCCAAGCCGAUCAUCCGCCUCACCCAGCCGCAAGGGCCGCAGCUCCGAGUCGCCCUCUCGUCUCCCCCGCCAGUCGCCAAGUCUUGGAUCGCGCUCACCCCUGUCCAGCUCUCCGUCGCCCUCAAAGUCGGAUGGCGCUCGCGGCCGCAGCGCUCUGCGCAACGAAGACAUGGACAUCAAGCCCAAUCAGCCCCUCUUUGUGGAUGUCCUGCGAGCCGUCACGCCCCCGUCUCCCCAAGACGAGUUUGAUCGUAAGCACCCCGUCAUCGACGAGCGCGCCAACAC